GGCUCGUACCGGAGCUCUCUUGACUACCAGCUUGACUACAGUCAGCAAGGAUAACCGACGAAAAAGGCACCGGUGAAGCUACUUGGCGAAGAUGACCGACACGAAGAAGGCACCAAUGAAGGUGGCCGUCACCAACGCCCGCAUAUUCGACGGCCACCAUCUCUCGAAUGAGCCCACCACCGUCGUCCUCGAGGGUGGUCUAAUUGUGAGCGUCGGCAACUCGCCCAACGCCCUCUCAAGCACCACCCCAACCAUCAACGCACAAGGCAGCGUCCUCCUGCCAGGCUACAUCGAUUCCCACGUGCACGUCCACACCGUCGAAGAGCUGGACAUGUAUCGUCGGUGCGGGGUAACGACGGUGCUGGACAUGGCGACGCAGUACUCUGAAAUUAAAGCCCUGCGGGAGGCAGCCGUCGAACGUGGUACCACCGACGUCCGGGGAGCUAGCACUCCUGCCACGGUCGCUGACAGCAUGCAUUGUCGGCGGAUGGGGGUGCCUGCGUUGGUCAAGAGCGCAGCGGAUGCGGCGGGGUUCGUGGAAGGAAGGAGGGCGGAGGGGGCGGAUUAUAUCAAGAUUAUCGCGGAUGUACCUGGACCUGAUGUUGCCACUAUCAGGGGGAUCGUGGACGCCGCACAUGCAAAUGGGUUGUCAACUGUCGCUCACGCCGCCACAUACGAACCCUUUCAAAUGGCGAUUGAAGCUAAUGUCGAUAUCAUCACCCACGUCCCGCUGGAUCAACCAAUAGACCUGCAGCUUUCAUCUGUUAUGAAGCAGAGGUGUCGCGCCGCGGUCCCGACGCUCGCGAUGAUGGAGCAGAUCAAGUUCCCGGGAGCGAGUUAUGACUUUUCACGGGAGAGUGUUGCGAGCCUGCAUGCUGCAGGCGUGCCUAUUUUGGUAGGAACCGAUGCCAACCAGGAACCCGUGGCCCCGUUAAGACCCGUACCAGGGGAAAGUUUCCACCGCGAAUUGGAGCUUCUUGUUGAGGCUGGAUUGACCCCGCUUGAUGCGCUGCGGGGCGCUACAUCGCUUGCGGCGUUGCAUUUUGGGUUAGAUGAUCGUGGGUCUGUUAGGGAGGGUUUGAGGGCGGAUUUGGUGUUGGUCGAUGGGGAUCCUACGCGGGAUAUCCAGGCAUCGCGGCUCGUUAGGCGGGUGUGGUGUGCGGGCAUUGAGUAUGACCCUUCGUCAGCGUAAGCCUUUAAAUUU